AAUUAAGAUUAGCUAUUAUCUUUAUUUUUUGGUCAAAGAUUAGCUUUUAAUUUGUUAACUAAUUUAUAAGCAUUAAAAUUACUUCUCUAUCAAACCAAACCCUAUAAAACGUGUGGCUUUGUUACUAAUCACGAUUUAAUUAAACAAAUACAUUGUCUCACCUAAUCAAAUCUUUUUGCUCUCUCUCUCUCUCUCUCUCUUUCAUACAAAAUGGAGAAAAAUUCUUGGGCCGAUCAGUGGGACAACAGCAAUCAAUCGUCGGGAAAAACAACGGACGUCGGAGGCGCGUCGGGGAAAUACAAAGAGAAAGUGGGGGCUGGAUUAGAGAAGACUAAAGCGGUUGCGAGUUCGGGGUUGAAGAAGGUGAAGAUAGGAACGUCUUUGGGUUUUAAUUGGGUUAAAGACAAGUAUACCAAAACCACCACUAAGAAUUGAUUCCGUAUCUUUUUCUUUUUUGGAAUUUACAUAUUUGUCUUCUUCUUUAUUUUUUGUAACAAUAAAAUAAUAUGUCUUGAUUCUUAUUUUCUUCUUAAUGAUCGGAGAUAUUUAAAGACUUAUGAAAAAUUGAUUCGGAUUGGUGUGUUAUAUAUUUUAUGGUUCCGUGGAAAUGAGGUGAUCAAUUGUUUGAUUUGUGAA